CCACCGAGUUAAAAUACGCACAUGAUAGCAUUAAAGCGGUGAAAAAUGAUCUUAAACAUGCACUCGAACUGAAUGCCCAUCUUGAAAAAGAACUUGAGAAAGCACAAAAGACUGCACGUGAAAAUGCGGAUUCUGUUAAAGAUAUACAGGAGAAAUUACAGAAACUUUCAAAGGAAAAUACUACCUUACAGGAAGCUUUGCGUGAAGCUAAUGCUAAUUAUGCAAUCAGUGCUAAGGAUUUUGAUGAUAAGCUCUCAAAGUCAACAGAUGCAAUCAAGAAAAAUCUUCAACAAAAACUAGAAGAAAAUGAGCAAUUGCAAUCAAUAUCAGAACAACUUAGUGAAGAGCUGACAAAGUUGCGAGAAGAACUAUCACAAUGUACCGAACAAGUUGAUGACCUCAAAAAGCAGCUUGCAGCUGCAAGAGCUCCAUUAGCUAUACGUACAAGUAUUCGAAAGGACGAUAGCCGACCUUCAUCGCCGUCACCUUCAUUAAGGACAUUAAGUCGAUCUAAUUCUACUCAUAAUUCAUUAUCAGACCUUCUAUCUGAUAUGGAAGGACGAACAUCCAUGGUAUCGAAUUCAGCGCUAGAAUCAGCUGAUAAGGAAAAGGAUUAUAUAAUGAAGUUAAAACAUAUGGCAGAAAUGUUAAACGAAAGUGAAUCACAAGUACAGAAAUUACUUGAGCAAGAAAAGUUUUUGAAGGAAGAAAUCAGGAAAUUAGAUCGUUUAGAAAAACGGCAAAAUUUAAACGUGGAAUAUUUAAAGAAUGUUGUACUUAAAUUUUUUGAAACCAAUCCUAUGGAUCGUGAGCCAUUAGUCCCUGUUAUAUCAACAAUAUUGCAGUUAAGUCCAGAGGAAACGACGAGCCUAAAGGAGAAUGCAAUACAUAGUCCUUCUAGCCCAGUUGUAUUAGG